UUCUGAAGUAAUAUAUAGAUGAGGGGUGAAAAUUAAUUCGACCUAAUCCAUAAGCGUAGCAGAAGUAGGGUAACUGAAAUCGAAUUGUAGCAGUAAGAAUGCCGUUGAAGGUGUUGGACGCAACCAUAACAACUUUUGAUGGAGUUUUUGAAAAGUUUAAAGCAGAGUCGCCCAAAAACAAAGCCAAUUUCAUCCUGUUCCUGGCUGAUAUAGACCCUUCUACCAACCUUAGUUGGUGCCCUGAUUGUGUAAGAGCUGAACCUGUGAUAUACAAGAAACUGGAAGCAUCAUAUGAUGAUAUAGCACUUCUGAGGGCUUAUGUCGGGGACAGACCUACUUGGAGGACUCCACAGCACCCAUGGCGAGUAGAUGGGAGGUUCAACCUCAAAGGGGUACCAACCUUAAUCAGAUGGGAAAAUGAUGCAAUCAAAGGUCGUCUUGAAGACCAUGAAGCACACCUUGAUCACAAAAUUGGUUCCCUUCUGAAUGAAGCUUAAAGUGUCCCAUUAACUACUUCAAGGGGCUGCCUUAUAUUAUGAGAGUGCCUUAAUAAAAUAUGCGAAACUUCAUUGGCCUGAAUGAACCUCAUUUAAGAAGCCGUGAAUAUGAUGACUCAGUGCUAGUGGUAGCGGGAAAAACUAGUGAUUCUUGUUUAACAUGUGUUGCUUCCAUUUCUCCUGCCAUGCUUAGUGUACUAAAUUAUACAUCAAUAGCAUGUUUAAUGUGUUGCUAAAAUGGAAAUUAUUGCAUUGUGUUUGACAUGAAGGUUGUGGAGCUGAACUCCCAUCUCUUCCAGUGACUAGAACUCAUUGGCACUGCAGGGGGAAUGGAGAAUGACAUCUACACCCGUCCUGCUAUAAUCACUACAUCACCACCCAUCUUUUCCAUCUCAAGCACCCAUAUUCCUUUCCAAAACAGAGCAGCAAUCGCAACGGCCCAUCGGAGACAUUGUAGGUCUGAGGUCCAUUUCUAUUUUUGAUGAUUGUUGAUUUUGUUGGUGUUGUUCUAUUUUGCAAUUCAAGUUGAGUGUUCAGUGUCAA